UGUCCAUCUCAGACAUUGGAAAAGGCUGGUGUUUAUUUUUGUAUCCAGAUCUUGGCAGAUAAUCCAAUCAUGGCCAUUUGCUCAGACCUACCGCCCGUACGCUUAGGCGCGUGUAACAGGGUCUUGGUUGGAGGGGAAGGCUGGUAUAUUAAGAGAUGGGUUCGUCGCCUGACGGUGUUGAGAAAGAAAGAGGCAGGAAAAGAUCUCUCUGCAUUUGUCUGUCUGUAUACACUCAAAGACGCUGAGCGUUCUUUUUUCCUUUUUGUCUUUUAUUUCCUUUAUCUGUUAUUUCCUUAUUUCCUAGGGUCAACAAGUUUUCUAUCUCAAGUCUCGUUACGGUCGAUUAUCUAUAAACAUUUUUGUUGUUUCUUGGGUUCUGUUUCUCUUAACGGCAUACGUCUUGACGACUCGAAACGAUACCGACACGCUCAUACCCUCGACAUCGUACACAUCACACAUACACCUCUACACACAAGUUCAAGAUGCAAUUAUCAACAUUCGUCACUUCCGUCCUCGCGGUGACUGCCUCUGCAGCACCAACCUAUCCUACUGUUACUGUCACCGAUGCUGGAUCCGCCAUUGACGCAUUAGGGUCAUUGUCUGGUUACUUCAAUUUGGUUGCGGAUAAGGUCAAGGCAGUCAAGUCAUAUGGAAUGGCUCCUGUCUGUGAUCUCUCACAAGCUAAGAUGCCUCUUGAUGGCCAACUACCUCCCCCAGCCAAGGGCCUGAAGCUGGCUCAUGUCGCUAUCGGCCGUGGUACGCAAAACUAUACAUGCGAUACCAGCAAGCCUUCAUCAGCCCCCGUUGCUACUGGUGCUGUAGCCACUCUCUUCAACGGCAGUUGCGUCGCCGCUAUGUACCCAGAUCUGAUCGAACGCAUCCCUGGAAUGGCCGUUCACUUCCCUCUGUCAGAUGCCAACAAGCUUGGCCCUGCAUCUCUCGCUGAGUCUGGUCACCAUUAUUUCACCGCCGAUGGUGUGCCCUUCUUCGACCUCCGCACACCCAACCAAGACAUUGGUGAGGCUCCAUGUGCAAAGAACAGCAGCGCUCCUGCUCCAUCUCUCUCUGCCAAGGGACAGCUUGGUGAGAAUGCUGUGCCAUGGCUCAGACUCACCACCAUUGAGGGUGCUACCCACAAGAUGAAGGAAGUCUACCGAACUACAACAGCUGGUGGCAGCGCCCCUGCAACUUGCCAGGGUAUGGAUGCUGAAUUCGAGGUUCAAUAUGCCACAUUGUAAGUGCUUCUUUACGAGGUUGAGUACGGAGCACGACGACUAACAUUGUACCAGAUAUUGGUUCUGGGCUGGCGAUAUUGAAGAAGACGAUGCGUAAAGUGAAAGAAAGGAAGCAAAUGGAUUUUCAUGGAUUGGUAUUAUUUUGCCUUUGAUGGUAUUCUUCUCUUAUACACGUAGAUAGUAUUGUUUUGGACAUGUAAUAUCCCGGAUGUUAGCGAUGUGGAGGUCAAUAAUUCAACUUGUGACUUGAGCUUCGAUUCUUUUGAGUGAAUCCGUAUGUCGGGGGGUUGACCGGAGCAGAAAACUUUAAUGACUUCGAAUCAUAUUAUUAUAACCAUGCGAUGCACUUCAUAAGCAUUUGAUGCCUCUAAUGUUGCAACACAGCUU